AUGUUCAUUGUUCAUUGGCAAACCACACUGAACGCUUUUUACAGUGAAAUGAAGAUGGCUGGAAAUGAGUGGGUUCUGGUCAAUCUGAACGUCACUGGAUAUUACAGAGUCAACUAUGAUCAUAUGAACUGGGAGCGUCUGCUGAGUCAACUUAAUGAGAAUCAUGAGGUCAUCCCAGUUAUUAACAGGGCUCAGAUAGUGGAUGAUGCUUUUAACCUCGCAAGGGCUAAGAUAGUUCCUGUCACUUUAGCGCUUAGAUCUACAAAAUACUUAUUUCAAGAAAAAGAAUAUAUGCCAUGGGAGUCUGCGCUCAACAACCUGGAUUAUUUCAACCUCAUGUUUACACAGACUGAUGUCUAUGGACUUUUACAGAACUACCUCAGGAAUCAAGUGAUCCCCCUUUUUGCACAUUUUAAAAAUAUAACUGAGGAUUGGUCACAUGUACCACCUGGGCAUACAGACCAGUACAACCAGGUUAAUGCGAUUAGAAUUGCCUGCAGUACCGGUGUGCAGGAUUGUCAAAGUCUCACCUCAGGCUGGUACAGUCAGUGGAUGGAUAAACCGGAGCAUAACCCGAUUCAUCCGAACUUGAGGUCUACAGCGUACUGCUGUGCCAUCGCUGCAGGUGGGACUAAAGAGUGGGACUUUGGCUGGCAGAUGUUUAUAGACGCCACCAUCGCCAUUGAGGCUGAUAAACUCAUGAGUGCCCUGGCUUGCACGAAAAAUCGCGUACUUUUAGAAAGGUAUCUUGGAUACACACUUGAUGCAUCAAAAAUCCGAAAACAGGAUGCAACAUCUGUUAUUGUGUAUAUUGCAAAUAAUCCGGAUGGUCAGAUUUUGGCCUGGGACUUUGUUCGAAAGAACUGGGAAUACAUGUUCACAGAGUAUGGCGUGGGUUCAUUUAACUUUGCCAGCCUCAUAAAUGGCAUAACAAAAACAUUUUCAUCUGAAUCCCAACUUAAGCAGCUCCUGGAGUUUCAGAGUGAUCAUUCAGAGAUGGGUUUUGGAUCGGCGACAGCAGCUCUGCAGCAGGCCAUCGAGACCACAAAAGCCAAUAUAAAAUGGGUGUCUGAAAACCAGAGAGACAUCACA